GUUGCCUCUUGCUGCCACAUAUGACAUGCGUAGCCCUGUUGGCUUGGCGGUUAGGUUGUUAGUCACGUGUCAAGACAAUCUCGCGUUGACUGGCCGUGAAUGAUUGUUUUGCAGAAAUGUUUCCCGACGUUCCCGCCGGCGCCCUAUCGCCACAGCAACCUGCCUUCGAGGAAUCGAGCAUCGCCGUUGAGAAACCGUCCUCGGGUCGUCGACCGUGCUGAUAACAGUCUUCGUUUUUGUGGUGACGAUGAGCCUAACGAUGAUCCUCGCCAUCGUCUUCUCCACCGAAAGCGGAGCAGAAGUCACGGAAGGCACGAUAAUAUCGAUGAGUUUGCCUCCUCUCAAUUUUCCGGAGAAUAAACCCCCAAGGGUUGCCCAAGACGACGCUCACGACGCCCCUGGCGACGCUCACGACGUCCCUGGUGACGCUCAAGACGUCACUGGUGACGCUCAAGACGUCACUGGCGACGCUCACGACGUCACUGGCGACGCUCACGGCGUCACUGGCGAUGCUCACGGCGUCAGUGGCGAUGCUCACGGUGUGACUGGCGACGCUCACGACGUCACUCACGAUGACGACGACGACAACGACGACACUGGCUUGUAUGCCGGUCUGACGUGCGUGGCUUCUGAGAGAGCUGCCACCGAUACCGUCGAUUAUGUCCAACUGUACCAGCCGUGCGACAACGUCAUCUACAGCCUCGGAUCAACCUGUGGGGACGUAGGAUCCAAGGCAGGCCUAAAGGCGAUCGCUGCACUGGGUGAUGACAAGACCAAGUACGUCGGCUUCGACUACGAUGGCUCCCAGGACGUCACGUGUUACGCCAAUAUAGGUCGCAUCGAUGGUUGGCAGAACAACGGCUACGCGGCCCUCAGCAUCGUACUGGCAGACGACUUCUCUGACGUUGCUGAUGUGGCGGCGAAAGUUCAGAGCCAGCACUAG